CUAAAAAAAAAAUAAAUAAAAAAAUUGUAAAUGUAACGCAUAGAAUAUUUAGCUAAUUUGUUGACUUUAUUACAUAGGUUUAUGUUACUACUCCAUGAAAAUACUACACAUUACCAGUUACCCCGCCAUUAUCUCUCUCCUCCUGUCCUCCAUUAUCACCAUCAAACCAUAAUCAACGGAGAUUGAUUUUGAUUUCAUAAUUCUAAGAAUCUCCCAACAAAUCUUCUUCUUUUUAGCUUCACAAAUUUUACUCUUACCGAGCUUUCUCUUUCUCUUUCUCUUUCUCUUUCGCAUUUAUUCCCACCCACCCAACAAAAAGACCCUUUAGCCAAACACGCCGCUAGAUGCUGAACUCUCUCUGUAACGUCUCUCAUUCUCUCACCUUCAACCUUUGAACUCUUUCUCUCUGCACUGCUGUACACUUGUUCUGCUCAUCUUCAGGUUGGGUGAUUGUUGGGAAGAUGUCAAUUGAUCAUCCAAGGGUUUCGACCCUGGGGAUGGGUUCUCUGCAGAUGAUUGUUCUUGUACUGUCUCUGCUUGCAGUGCCCACCACUCCGCAGUCUGCCUCUUCAGAUGCUGCUACAAUGCAGCAACUGAAACUGGGUUUAAAGCUCACUUCGAAAACUGAUUGGUCUAACUCAGACCCAUGCAAAUGGCAGGGUGUGGGAUGUGACUCGAAUAAUCAGGUCACACGGAUACAAUUGAGAAGCCAAGGAGUUUCUGGCACUUUAUCCCCGUUUGUAGGCAACCUCACAAACCUUGAAGUUCUUGAGCUGAUGAGCAAUGCAUUAUCAGGCCCACUACCGAGUCUUAAGGGGCUGAGCUCGCUCCAAACGUUGAAUCUCCAUACCAACCAGUUUAGUUCUAUCCCUGCGGAUUUCUUUGAUGGGUUGAUUUCUCUCCAGGAAGUCUAUUUGGAUAAUAACCCGUUUAGUACUUGGUCUAUACCGGAGGGGCUCAAGGAUUCAUCUUCUUUGAAAAAUUUCUCUGCUAAUUCAGCCAAUGUUGGUGGUGAGAUACCUGGUAUUUUCAGCUCAGAUAAUUUCCCAGGUUUGACCCAUUUGCGUUUGUCUAGCAAUAAUUUGACUGGUGGUUUACCCUCAAACUUUUCGGGUCUUGCGCUUCAGUCCCUUUGGUUAAAUGGGCAAAUGGAUUCCCGUGGUGGUCGAAGUCUUAAUGGGACAAUUGAUGUAUUACAGAAUAUGACCCAGUUGGUACAAGUAUGGUUGAAUAUGAAUGCCUUUACUGGCCCCAUACCAGAUUUGUCUAAAUUGCCCAGUUUAGAGGAACUUAAUUUGAGAGAUAAUAGCCUCACUGGUCCGGUUCCUGUUUCUUUGACAAAGCUGUCUUCCCUUAAGACGGUUAAUUUGACAAAUAAUGUUCUUCAAGGACCUACUCCUAAGUUUCCCGAUGCAGUAGAUGCAGACAUGUUGCCUGGACAAAACAGCUUUUGUUUACCUGAUCCUGGUGUAGACUGUGAUAGCCGUGUUAAUGCAUUGGUAUCAGUUAUGGAAACAUUCGGGUACCCUCUUCAAAUUGCCCGGGAGUGGAAAGGCAAUAAUCCAUGUGCAAAUUGGUUGGGGAUAACUUGUUCUCAAGAUAACAUUACGAUUAUAAAUUUGCAGAGUAGGGGUCUUUCUGGAACUCUUUCACCUAAAUUUGCUGCUCUUACAUCUGUUCAGACAUUGAUAUUCUCACAUAAUAGUAUCACAGGUACCAUACCUGAUGCAUUUACAAAAAUGCCUAACCUCAGGACACUUGAUGUGUCUUUUAAUAAUCUAUAUGGUAAAAUCCCAGCUUUUGCACACACUUCUGUUAAUCAUGUUGGCAAUGCUGAUAUGUUCAAAGAUCAUCCUAGCACACCAACUCCAAGUGGGUCAGGUGGCUCUUCUGGUGCACCUAGAGGAACGUCUGGAAAAAGUUCCAAAGUUGGAGUGGUGGUUGGAUCAGUUAUAGGCGGUGUGGUUUUUGUCUCUUUCGCUGGUUUGCUGUUAUUUUGUUUCUUGAGAAGGAAAAAGCUUUACGGGAGGGUCCAGCAGUCGAAUACGGUGGUGAUCCAUCCAAAUCAUUCAGGGUCUGAUGAUGCUGUUAAAAUAACAGUCACUGGUGCUGGAGUGAAUGGUAAGGCGAUGAGUGAAGACCAAAGUCAGGGUAGUAGUGGCCCUAGUGAUAUCCAUGUAAUUGAGACUAACAACAUGGUUAUCUCUAUUCAAGUGUUGAGGAAUGUGACUAACAACUUCAGUGAUGACAAUGUUUUGGGAAAGGGGGGUUUUGGUACAGUUUAUAAAGGGGAGUUGCCUGAUGGGACCAAGAUUGCAGUCAAACGGAUGAAUUCUGGAGUUCUAGGAGAUAAAGGUUUGGCAGAAUUUAAGUCUGAGAUUGCUGUUCUUACAAAAGUUCGCCAUAGACAUUUGGUUGCACUUCUGGGAUUCUGUCUGGAUGGAAACGAGAAACUUCUUGUGUAUGAGUACUUGCCACAAGGGGAUUUAAGUAGGUAUCUGUUUCAUUGGAAGGAGGAGGAAUUGAAACCCCUUAAAUGGAAUCAAAGGUUAACUAUUGCAUUAGAUGUGGCCAGAGGCGUUGAAUAUUUACACAGUUUGGCACAUCAAAGUUUCAUUCAUAGAGAUCUUAAACCGUCGAAUAUUCUUUUGGGAGAUGAUAUGCAUGCAAAAGUUGCAGAUUUUGGACUUGUUCGUCUUGCACCUGAUGGUGGAAAAACCUCAAUAGAAACCAGGCUUGCAGGAACUUUUGGUUAUUUGGCACCUGAAUAUGCAGUGAUGGGCCGCAUAACUACAAAGGUUGAUGUAUUCAGCUUCGGUGUUAUAUUAAUGGAAAUAAUAACGGGACGGAGGGCGCUGGACGAGACCCAACCAGAGGACAGUAUUCACCUGGUGACAUGGUUCAGGAGGAUGUAUAUUAACAAGGACUCUAUCGAAAAAGCCAUCGACCCUACAAUUGAGCUCGACGAGGAGACCCUAGCUAGUAUCCACAAAGUGGCCGAGCUUGCUGGGCACUGUUGUGGUAGGGAGCCAUACCAAAGGCCUGAAAUGGGUCAUGUAGUGAAUGUCCUAUCUACCCUCACCCAAGUAUGGAAGCCUUCGGAAGAUAACUCAGAGGACAUUUAUGGAAUUGAUCUUGACAUGACCUUACCACAAGCUCUCAAGAAGUGGCAGGCUUAUGGAGAGUCCAACAUCGACGAUUCUUCAUCAUCAUCGUUCCUUGCAAGUAGGGAUAAUACCCAGACUAGCAUACCUACUAGGCCCUCUGGUUUUGCUGAAUCAUUUACCUCAACAGAUGGAAGGUGAAGUGUAGACCUGUUUUUGACGGGCCGAGUUAGGGCCGGGCCGGGCCAAAGCUGGACUCCGAUAUGGAUGAUGCAUGAACAGCUUGUGGAUUGAUCUUUUCUUUAUUGAUUCCUAUUAGCUACUUGUUGCUUUCCGGCGUGAUUGUCGCUUUUCUGUGCACCGGUUGAUGAUGAUCAAGGGUCAUUUGAUUGUUUGGCUUCUAAAACAAGAUGUUUUGGGGAACUAAUAUGAGCAACUUCUUGCAUUGUUUGUAAUGGCUGUACUAGAAAAGGAAUAGCAGAGUUAAACUACAUGAGUGGUAGAACUCAACUCAGUUCCCAAUUUUAGAAUCGGUUUCAGCGUGUAUAGAGUUAUUAUCGGUAUGUUUAUGCAUAGAGUUAUUACUUAUUAGUCACAAGGCCUUAAAAGAUUGUCGUAUUUUUAGUGAGUUUUGUUGUUGAUGGGAUUUUGUACUUGUUUAAUAUUCAAGUGUUUCAUGAUCAAUUGAUAGUAGGA